GAUGGCCAUAUACUGGCUGCUGUCAUUCGUUUACCUAGUAGCAUCCACUGCGGUUGCGCAGGAUUAUUUAGGAGGCGAUAUUUUAGAUGCCACCACCACAAAAAGCGUUACUGAGACGGUCACCAAAUAUCUGGCUCAAUGUGGCAUCACCUUUACCCCGUUCGAACUUCCGGAUACGACACUUCCCGGCACCACUACAGUGACCAGCACAUUUCAAUCCACCAUCUCCGUCACCGUAGCCAAUGUGACUAAUGCCUCGGGCGUCGCUCCCGUAGGUCUAACUACGAUUCAGCCUAGCAUCAAUUAUACGAGGUUUAGCUCGUACUCUGUGGUGGGAACAGGUGGCUAUCCCUAUCCUAUGGCCAACACUUCCACGCCCCCUGCAAAUACCACGAAGGUGCCUUGCUCUACGGCGACAGUUACCAUCACACCUAUUAGCGUUCCUAUCUCCCAUAGCACCACUGCUGUUCGUAGUACAUCUUCUAUCGCGGCAGCAAGCGUAUCUCCGACUCAGGUACCAGUCAGCCAGUCAUCUUUAUUAAAAUACGAGACGAUAAUGCAAAAUGUAAUAGGAUUGCUGGGUAUUGUCUUCAUACUGACUUUUGGUUUCCUCUGAGAAAAGAGAAUUUACUAAAAUUAAAAGGACGAGAAUAGAUGGACGGGGUUGGCUUUCGGGGUCUUGAUGUAUAGGUACUACUUAACUCCGUUUUGCUCUCGUCCGGAUAUUCUAAUGUUUUCGAGGCGAUGCUUUUACGAUAUUUUAGUGGGAUAACGACGGCAAUGUCGAAUAUACCUAAUGAGUUCUUACAUUAAUGGAAUCUCCUCAUGUUACUCACACUCGUAGGGGAUGUUAUGUAGUGGCUUGGGAGAAAGUAAUAUCCAUGUCCCUGUCUCACCAAACACUCAUAGGCCACAUAGACGGAACGGUGGUAGAUAGGUAGGAUUGAGGUUCAUAGAUCAAUACCC